AUGCAGGCAGCUCUUAUGCGCAACAGCAGCCGCAUGGCUGUGGGCAUGGCUCCCAUGAGGAGGCCCCAGGCCGUCAGCAUGGCACCUCGCCCGCACAUGCUCGCGGCGCCCUCGUUCGUCGGCGGCACCUUCAGCAGCAGCAUCCUGUCGCCCACGCGCCCCGCGGGCCGCGGCGCGCUGGUGGUUGUGGCCGGCGGCAACUCCAUGGGCAACACCCUCCACGGCUCCAAGCGCAAGCGCCGGCGCACCAGCGGCUUCCGCACCAGGAUGCAGCAGCAGGAGCAGCAGCAGCAGCAGCAGCAGCAGCAACAGCACAAUGCUGCUAUUGCCAGCGCUGUUUGGUGCCCCAGCCACAGCAAGCGUGCGCUCGAUGUCAUCAUCACGCCCAUCGUAACUACCCCCGCUCAAUUGCUCCCGCAGACCGCCAACGGCCGCCGUGUGCUGUCCGCCCGCCGGAAGAGGGGCAGGAAGGUCCUCGCGCCCGCCAGCGCACCCCGCUCGGGCGGCAAGCCCCAGUAA